CUUACACCCAAACUCUUACAUUACUUGCAGGGUUAUUCCAAGGACUCUCAUGCCUCGGGAGAUAAUUGGAGAAACUAUUGGAGAAGUACGAGCUGUAUCUGAUAUGCAUCAGAGGAAAGCCGAGAUGGCUCGACAAGCUGACGGUUUCAUUGCCCUUCCAGGCGGUUAUGGUACACUCGAAGAGUUGCUUGAAGUUAUUACAUGGGCUCAACUCGGAAUCCAUCAUAAACCUGUGGGCCUAUUGAAUGUUGAUGGUUACUAUAAUUCCUUGUUAUCUUUUAUUGAUAAGGCCGUAGACGAAGGUUUUAUCUCUCCAACUGCUCGAAGAAUUAUCGUGUCGGCUCCGACCGCCAAACAGUUGGUCAGAGAACUUGAGGAAUAUAUUCCAGAAUAUGAUGAAGUGACAUCCAAAUUGAUCUGGGAAGAAGUGGGAAGAUUAAAUUAUGUACCCGAUCCCGACUUCGUUGUUCCUUCGUGACAAACCCGGAAGAGUACGAAUUUAUUUUUUUUUAAAUUUUUAUUUGGGUUCAGAAUUUCAAGUAAAUAUGACUAUAUUCUGGCACAGAAGAGAAGAUGCAGCACAGGAACGACUUCUUGUAUUUUGGGCAAAUGCCAUUACAAUUUAGCGAAG